AUGAGUUUAUGUGCUUUAAUAUACCAUAAUACAAAAGGAAUAAGUAACUCUGGUGACUUAAAACAAAUAAUGCAUAUUGGCAAUCAACUUUACAGUAGUUUAUCACAACUAGCAAGAUGCUCUUAUUUACUGCUAUCUGAAUUACCAGCAAUGCUUACAGUAGCAGAAGAAAAUUUCCGGCUGGAAUAAAGUGCAAGCUAUAGUGGCAAUGUCCAUGGUGAGGCUACCAUUGAAGGAUACGAAUACUGUUUAGGCCUAAAAAGAGCUUUUGAGUCAUUGAUAUCACAACAAUACAGAUCAUUUAUUUUGACAGUUGGUUGUAUUACUGUCAGUAUUGUUUACUGUGUUUAUAAUGGCCAUUUUAAAGUGUUUGACUCUCAUGCCCGAGAUAUUUAUGGUAAGAGUCAUCGUCAAGGGACUUGUGUACUGUUAGAUAUACCAUCUAAAGAUAACUUAAUAGAAUACUUUCAAAGUUUAUAUGGAAUAUACCAAAUGUAUGAACUUAAAGGUUUACAAAUAACAAAAUAUGACAUAACAACAAGCAACAAUGUAAAAGAUAUAUUAAAUAAUACAUCAUUAGAUCAACACAAGAAGUGUUUGAAAAACAACUGUUUUGCAGUAGCUUUUUAUUCCAUCUGUUACUCAAUUAUUUCAUCAUGCAGUUAUUGGAACUCAAAAACUUUAGAUGCAAUCAUUCAAAAUGGCUCUGAGCUUAACAAUGUAAUCAAAAAUGACUAUCAUUCAAAAUCUAUUAAUAUGGCUGAGAAUGUUACAAUUUUUGGUAUGAAAAUAAAAGUAGAUGUUAGUAAAGUAAGUCAUGGGAAAUUAACUAGUUUACCUAAAAACAUGAUAUCUUUAAAGGCAUUGAUCUUGAAAAACUAUGGGAAAACAGGAUUUUUAAUGUGCAUUUCAAGUUACUGUAUCGCUUGCAUUUACCAACAAAAUACUAAAGAGAAGCAAUUGUUUUCACUUCUGGCUUAUGAAGAUAGUAUUUCAUCUACAAUGAAACACAUAAAACACAUUAGUGGUAUAAAUAAACUAAUGGAGGCAAUUCUAAAUAUUGUUCAAAAUGAACAAUGUCAGACUUAG